AUGAGACAGUGGCGUUGGCUGGAAUUGAUUAAAGACUAUGACUGUACGAUUGAGUAUCAUCCCGGUCGAGCUAAUGUGGUAGCUGAUGCACUAAGUAGGAAUGUUGGUGGAAGUCUAGCUCAUCUCAGAAUGGCCUAUCUUCCGUUGUUGGUAGAACUGCGGAAGGAUGGUGUGCAUGUGAGGCCUAUUCUGGUUGAGCGGGUGAUUGCAGCACAAUUGAGAGAUCCUAAUCUUUGUGUGAUAAGGUCGGAAGUAGAAAAUGGUACACGGACGGAUUAUGCAAUAAAGAAGGAUGGAGCUUUGGUGACUGGAACUCGUCUUUGUGUACCCAAGAACAAUGAAGACUUGAGAAGGGAAAUCAUGGAAGAAGCUCACUGUUCUACUUACUCUAUGCAUCCGGGUAGUACUAAGAUGUAUCGGACUCUACAUGAGUACUACUUGUGGCCGCAUAUGAAGGGGGAUAUUGCUAAGUAUGUGAGCAAGUGUCUGAUUUGUCAACAAGUGAAAGCGGAACAGCAGAAACCGUCCGGAAUCAUGCAACCACUUCCGAUCCCUGAAUGGAAGUGGGAGCUUAUCACAAUGGACUUCGUUUUCAAACUCCCACGUACUUCAAAGGGGCAUGACGGAAUUUGGGUGAUAGUUGACCGACUCACCAAGUCCUCCCAUUUUCUACCUAUAAAGGAAACCUAUUCCUUGUCAAGGCUGGCAAAACUCUUUGUGGAUGAGAUCGUGAGGUUGCAUGGAGCUCCUGUGUAUAUUGUAUCGGACAGGGAUGCAAGGUUCACAUCUCAUUUCUGGAAGUGUUUAAAUGAGGCUAUGGGUACUAAGUUACAGUUUAGUACUGCUUUUCACCCACAGACUGAUGGACAGUCGGAAAGAACCAUUCAGACCUUGGAAGACAUGUUAAGGUCUUGUGUUUUACAACUGAAAGACAGUUGGGAUACUCACCUUGCAUUGGUGGAAUUUGCUUAUAACAACAGUUACCAUUCGAGCAUUGAGAUGGCUCCGUAUGAGGCUCUGUAUGGAAGAAUGUGUAGAACUCCUGUUUGUUGGAAUGAAGUGGGUGAAAGGAAGUUGGAAAAGGUAGAUAGUAUCCGAGCCACAACUGAGAAGGUGAAAAUGAUUAGAGAGAAGUUGAAAACCGCACAAGACCGACAGAAGAGUUAUGCGGAUAACAGGUCCAAGGAUCUUGAGUUUGCAGUUGGAGAUUGGGUGUUCUUGAAGCUAUCUCCAUGGAAGGGUGUGAUGAGGUUCGGUAAACGCGGGAAGUUAAGCCCUCGUUAUAUUGGACCUUAUGAGAUCACCGAACGCAUUGGACCAGUUGCCUAUAAACUUGUCUUACCUACAGAACUAUCUCGGAUCCAUGAUGUGUUUCACGUAUCCAUGUUAAGGAAGUACAUGCCUGAUCCUUCUCAUGUUUUAGAGCACCAACCUAUGUAG